AUGAGAAGAAAUGUUGGUACCUCACGGUAUGAUUCUGCCAACGAAAUUUACGGAUUUUGUUGUGACAUUAAAGACCACGGUUCGAGAUUGGAUACAAGAAAAGGAGAUUUUGGUCCAUUGUUUAGCCCGUCCGAUGUAACCGGAGGAGGACCUGAUAUCAAAUUUCGCAUCCAAGAUGCUGAUAGUGUUUCACCUUCUUCUCAACGCAGCUUUCAAAAAAGUAUUCAUAGAAAUGGCCAACGAAGCGGGCAUCGAAGCGGGCAGCGAAGCGGUUAUUUAAGCCGACAUCGAGGCGGGUACGAUAACCCACGGCGUAAUGGAAGUCGAAAGAGAAAUCGAAAUAAUCCGCGAGUUGGAUGGGACGAUCAACCACGAGGUGUACCUAGUCACCGAGGUAUUCUUCGCCGCGAUGUUUCAAGAACUGAUAACGACGAACAUGAUAAAUUUGAUGAACCAAUGAUUUGUAAACGGUGCAGAGGACCUCUGAGAUGGUAUUUGGAAGAUGAAAUCGCAGUUGCUCGUGACAAAAUGAUGAGCAGCCGGCAGGAAACAUAUAAUUUUGAAAUGGAAAAGAAUAUUAAAAUCGCUAAAAAGAAGGGUAUACGAUAA